AUGACCAAGGAAUGGCAAGAGGCUACGAACGAAUAUGCCAAGAGAGAGAAAAUGGACCCCAUCACCGGUAUCAGCAGUGAAGGCUACUCGGGCAAGGGUCACAUCCAGAGCGCCCCCGCUAAGAAGGAAUAA